CAUCCUCACUGCGAAUUGUACCAGAACUCAACGAAUUGCCUUCAGUAUGGCCGACAAGUACAAGGAGUACCUUGCGACUCGAAUAUUCACGGAGAACCAAGUGGUCACUUACCGUCUCCUCAGUCGCGCAGUAGGCGUAAAUGUGAACACUGCAAAGUGUAUGCUCUUCGAGUUUUACGAUAAGCAGAACGCAAAAAAACCCAACGCCGUGCACGCAACGUUUAUCCUCGUAGGCCAGAAGAAAAGCUUCGAACAUACAAAUGGCUCCAAUGGCUCUGGACACCGAAAAGAUGAAGACAUACGCAUGAGGAGUUCUCCUCCGCUGAGCUCAAUGCCUGAACCAGAUGCUGAACCAGAAGAGGAAAUCAGGCCUACCAAAAGCAUCGUCCUGGUCCGCGAAGAAGAGCUGGAGGAUACAAAGGCAAAGUUUGACAAGAUCGAGUCGCAACAUAUAUAUAGUUUGCAGCCUGGCCCGAUUGAGAACCUCAACCUACUUUCGGCAUGCAAUCAUGAAAUUGCAACCUCAUAUUCUACGGACGAUCCCCUCGAACGAUGGAAAAAGUAUGGGUCAAUUCACAAUCCCUUUAUCAAGAAACGUACAGCGAAGCAUGCUCCUGUCGCUACCUCGAUAGCAGCGAAAGCAACCACGACUGCGGUGAAAUCAGAUGUAUUAGGGCUUGGACGUAACACUUCGAAAGAUACUCCAGUGCGAAAAGGGACUUCAGAGGGCAACACAUCUGGUCGAUCGACGCCGCAACCGGCCGCAGCAGCCAGUACUACGAAGAAGACAGGAGCCAAACCCGCCCUUCAAAAACAGAGUUCAGAUAUCUUCAAGUCAUUUGCCAAGGCAAAGCCAAAGGCGAAGGAGCCGGCACCUGCUCCUGUAGAGGAUGAACCCAUGCAAGGCAUGUCAGAAGACGAGGGCGAAGAUGAAGAGAAAAUCGAGAUCGAUCACGAAAAGGAAGCAGCAGCCCGCAAAGUUCGAGCAGAACGAGAAGAGGCACUACGGAAGAUGAUGGAAGAGUCUGAAGAUGAUGAAAUGCCAGAUGCUCCUAUAGAAGAGCCAGAGGCAAUGGAAACGCAACCUGAAGAGCCUGUUGACGAGACGCCCGCCGGCACCGAAGCAGCAGUGACAACAGAAGGAGGUCGACGACGCGGAAGAAGGAGAGUGCUGAAGAAAAAGAAGGUCAAGGACGAUGAUGGUUACCUUGUUACCAAGGAAGAGGCGGUGUGGGAGUCAUUCUCAGAAGAUGAGCCAGCACCAAAGAAACCCAAACCAGCACCGAAACCCUCCACGGCGAAGGGCAAGAACGUGAAGGUAGGCAAAGGCGGACAAGGCAGCAUCGCCAGCUUCUUCAAGAAAGCAUAGGGUCCAAGGGAGUCAUGAAGCCACGGCCUGGAUAAUCGCUUUACUCCUUACAGGGACACCAUCUGGGAGAACAAUAUAUGCAUUUCCCAAAACCAGUCGAGCGUAUCAAAGAUGCUUAGAACUAUGGGCGGAUCUCCAUAGGCGAUGUCUUUGAAGCAGUCGUCGAGACUCGAACGCGAAGAUCCGGCCUCCAUUCAACACCAUUCACCAAACAAAAGCAUCACGACGACAUAGACACAACCUCUAAGCUGACUCUAUCAGCCCCUGUGAUGGAAAGCCUUAGCCAGUCAUGGCAAUACACGAGUGCAUAUCAAUGCCAUCGUGGAAUGAGAAUUGGCGAUCUGUAUUUCCUUUAGGGUCACGAGGACCAACCUGUACAUACCUACAUGCCUACAUCGAGCCUGAGCAUAAUCAACCAUUUCCAAUACCUAGACCUAGAAACAUGAACACUUCAAGCAUAUUCCAU